AUGGCCACGACAGGCGUGUCUCUCACGCCUGCACCGGCCACGGUCCCUUCACUGGCCAUGGCACCCGCAUUAGCUGCCAGGCCCUCCGUGGCCCCGUCGCCGGGUCCCGGCACGCCCGGUUCCAUCACAUCGAAAGAAUGGGUGAUUCCACCCCGUCCGAAGCCUGGACGCAAGCCAGCCACCGAUACGCCCCCUACUAAGCGCAAGGCUCAGAACCGAGCUGCUCAGCGGGCAUUCCGGGAGCGGCGGGCCGCCCGAGUCCAGGAGCUGGAGGAGUUGAUGAAAGACAUGGAAGAUAACCAUGACAACCGAUCUGCAACUUUCGCCGAGCAGAUCAGUAACCUUUCGCGGGAGGUCGAGCAGUGCCGCGAGGAGAUGGCUUGGUGGCGCGACCGAUGCCACACCCUGGAGAAGGAAGUUUCGAUCGAACGCAGUGCAAAGGAAGCCCUAGUCAAGGAAUUCCGAGCGUCAAUGUCCAGCUCGAACACCAAGUCCCCCAUGCCGGACUCCGUUCCCUUGCCGCCUCGUACUCGUCCUUCCACCCGCAGCACCCGGAUGGAAGGCGUGGUUCCUACCAAUGCCGAGCGCAACCGCGAGCCGGAACAGGAGAAUAUUCCCCUGGGCUGCACCGACUGCUCUUCUGCGCACUGCCAGUGCAUUGAGGAUGCCUUCGGUAUGCCAAUUGACACUCAUGAGUCUCGUCACAGACAUCCUCCUCAUGGUGUCGGGAGCCCGGAGCGCGAUUUAUCUGAGCCCGAGAUCAAGCCUGACCCCGAGGAGAUGGAGAUUGAUUUCACUGCUCGCUUUGCUGGUGUACCUGCCCAGUCGAGUUCUCACCAUAAUAACGACGUUUCUUCGCCUCCAGUUGACCCCUGUGGCUUCUGUCAGGACGGCACUCCGUGCAUCUGUGCCGAGAUGGCUGCCCAGGAGGAGCAGCGCGGCCGCCGCAACUCCUUCGACAACCCUCGUCUCGCCCCUAUCCAAUCUAUUUCACAGUUCACUCCACCCCCUUCCGAAGGUGAUGUGACUCUCCCACCUAUCAGUCAAGCCACCAACCCAUGUGCGAACGGGCCCGGUACUUGCGCCCAGUGUCUUGCCGAUCCCCGAAGCACCCUUUUUUGCAAGACGCUGGCAGCCUCCCGGUCAGCGAGCGGAACUCCAGCGGGAGGAGGCUGCUGCGGCGGCAAGGGAACCGACGGAGGAUGCUGCAUGUCAAGAAAUGCCCCCGCCACCCCGACCACGCGUAAGAACCCCUCCAUGCCUCCGCAAUCUGCCCCAGCCAAGCCCUCUACGCCCAAUGCGCUCACCUUGAGCUGUGCCGAUGCUUUCACCACCCUCUCCCGCCACCCCAACUUCUCUCGAGCCAGCGAUGAGAUCUCUACCUGGUUGCCUAAGCUCCACACCCUCCCGAACCCUCGCGACCAGGCCGCUGCCGUUGCAGCACAAGCCGGUGAUCGCGGCGCCUUGGAAGUCGAAGCCGCAAGCGUGAUGGGCGUGCUCCGCUACUUUGACAGGCGCUUUGCCUCCAAAUAA